AUGCAUGGCAUGCCUAGCAGCCAUGUCAACUUGCCAUCUUACUUUGAAGACAACAAACCUGCGAGUCGAAAGAUGGAUUUUCUGGGCAAAUUCAAGUGGCGUUCGAUAGAGGACUGCGAUGAUGGGACUUUAAUCCCGGCCAAGUACACCACCUCCUUUUCCAUUGGAGAACUCGAAGAACUGCAAAUCAUCGAGGCGACGGACCAUGCAACGUAUCACGAUGAUGGCCCAGAGCUCCUAGUUGAUGGAUGCAUCGUCCUCUGCGCCGCCGAGGACAACGAAGCGCUGGGAAAGGUCGAACUUGAUGUCAUAUCCAACGACGAAGAGCUGACGCCCGACCUUCAAGUCGUCAACGACGGUAACCAUCGGACCAUCAAGAUCAUGACGCCAUCAAGAGCUGCCCUUUGGCCGCUGCUCAAGGGCGACCCCUGCAUCCAGAUGCGCAUCAUCGUCCGAGUCCCGCGCCGAGACUGGCUGCGAGUAUUCCGACUGGAGUCGGCCAAUCUCAAGAUCCAUAUCAUGAGCGGGUUGACCUUGCAAGCCGCGGAUAAGACGUCGAUCCACUCGGACAAGAGCGACGUUAUCGCUCCGAUGCAUACGGAACUUCAACUUCCGGCUCCCUACAUGAUCAUGUCGCGUGAAAUCAGCAUCCGAUCUCACGAAGGACUCAUCUCUGGAUGGUAUCCCCUGUACGACCGUCUCCAUAUUAACUGCAAGUCGCACAUCACGGUGCAAGUCACUCCGCAGCUGGUGGACAAGAACCCCCCGUGGGAGACGCGAUUUCUCCAGGAAGACGGUGAAGGUACCACGGAGAUCAGUUCUUUUCUAAGCACCGGAACGUUUGGUACCAAAUCAAACGACAAAACUAACACCGGGCACGUUGAGAUCGUCUACAUCCACGGAGAGGACGUCAAGGACUCGGUCGUUACCAUGGAGACAACCGAUGGUGUUCUGAGCUGGGUCAUCGCCAAGUACUAG